UCAAAUAGAUAUUUGGAGGUCGAUAUCCAACAAAAGAAUGAAAAAAUAAUGACGCAGCCUGAAUGGCCGGUCUGUUAUUUAUCGAUUUAACAAUUAUGAUAACAUAUAAAUUUGAGAAAUAUUUGUAAUUGUGAAACAAGUUAUUUAAUGAUUUUAAUUUACACAUACACAUCUUGAUGCAUUAUUAACAAGACGGCGAUGAUAAAUUGCCAAAUAAUAUUUGUUCAAGUGGUGCGUCCACUGUAAGUAGAGAUAUAUUAAAUUAACAAACUGAUAAUUCAUAGAAGUUGAAUAUAAAGUGCGUAGCGAUCGAUGUUUCGGUACACUGUCUUUAAGUGAUUUUGCUGAGCUUGACUCCGCUAACGAUUCCAACAAAAUGAUCAGUUAUAAAUUUAAAUAUUUGAUUCUCGUGGUCUGCACUUUAAGUCAGGUUUUAUCAAAACCUUUAACGGAAACUGGUAGAGCAGCGGGUGCUGGAGGUGGUGCAGCUGGUGGCGGUACUGCAGGAGGUACUAGUGGUGGUACAGCAGGUGGUGGUACUGCAGGGGGUGGUGCAGCCGGUGGUGGUACUGCAGGGGGUAUCGGUGGUGGUGCAGCAGGAGGUACUAGUGGUGGUGCAGCCGGUGGUGGUACUGCAGGGGGUAUUGGUGGUGGUGCAGUCGAUGGUGGUACUGUAGGAGGUACUGGUGGUGCAACAGGUGCUGGAGGAGGUCUAACAACCGGAUCUGGAUCAGCGGGAGGAGCUGGAGUUGGUGUUGGUGAUGGAACUGGAGGUAGUGUGAUGCCUGGAGCUGGAGUUAUUCCAGGAGCUGGUAUGAUUCCUGGAGGUGGUAUGAUGCCAGGAGCAGGUAUGAUUCCUGGAGGUGGUAUGAUGCCAGGAGGUGGUAUGGCACCAGGAGCAGGUAUGAUGCCAGGAGCAGGUAUGACUCCUGGAGGUGGUAUGAUGCCAGGAAGUGGUAUGGCACCAGGAGCAGGUAUGAUGCCAGGAGCAGGUAUGAUUCCUGGAGGUGGUAUGAUGCCAGGAAGUGGUAUGGCACCAGGAGCAGGUAUGAUGCCAGGAGCAGGUAUGAUUCCUGGAGGUGGUAUGAUGCCAGGCGGUGGUAUGGCACCAGGAGCAGGUAUGAUGCCAGGAGCAGGUAUGAUUCCUGGAGGUGGUAUGAUGCCAGGAGCAGGGACAAACCCCGGAAGUGGUAUGAAGCCCGGCGGUGCAAUAACUACAGGAGGUGGAAUUGGCGGGGGUGUAGUCGGUGCUGGAGGAACUGGAAUCGACAAAACUCAAUCUAUUGCCGAACAUAUCUUCGAAAUCACUGAUUACCUCCUCGGCUGCGACGAUGACGACGACGACGACGACGACGACUAUUACUACUGGUGGUAACUCAUCGAUUUUUCAAGCUAAACAAUAUUUAUAUUUAUCCAGCAAUCAAGUACUUUAUUAUCGUUAUUUUUAUAAUCACUUACGUUAAGCUCUACCGCCUCGUUCAAAUAUUUUUGUCCAUUUGUCAAAAUAAUUCGUCAACGGUGCU